AUGGGAACGCCCUGCCAAACAGGCGACUCGGCACGCCUCACACAGCUGCGGGGGACGGUUACGGCGCGGCAGCCUCGAGGAGUGGGGGGUGCGGACUGGCGGCUGUGGAUGUCUAUGCGUCUUACGUGGACGUCCGGCCGCAUCGAUAUCGAAAUCAGAAACGCUGCAAACGGCACCGUCUGUACUGGGAUGCGCCGCGCACUCCGCAUAGCUGGCGGGUUUCUUUCAUGUACCCUGCAUUCACACUCUUCCAUCUGCGUGGUAUUGGUACGAGGGGCAGUUCCGCCUCCUCAACAGGUAUGUGGGAAGCACCUCCAGUAUCUCUUUUUUAUUUUUCGGUUUUCCCUAUUUUUUUUUCUUUCCUUGCCUUCAUGUCACUCUCCAUGCGUGUGCCUGUGUGGUGAAAGGGCAGAGCGAUAA